AUUUUAUAACUACAAUAAGUUUUACCAAUUUUACUUAUAACUUUGUAUUUUUGACAUUUAUUUUGCUCGUAUCAAAAUGUCGGCAAUUAAGUUUGGAAGCCAUUUGAAAGAACUACGUGUACACCUAUGUCAAACGUCUGCCUCCAGUAAAGGAGUUAGGUAAGUGACUUUAUUAACUAUUUUACAAAGAAUGCUGAUUAAUUAUGUAAACAUUUACAGGCAAUUUAUUGAAAAAUAUUAUGUGCCGUUAAAAAAAGCUAAUCCACAGUUUCCCAUAUUAGUGCGCGAAUGUAGCGGUAUUGAGCCAAAAGUUUUUGCACGUUAUGGUAAGCAUAUGAUAUAUAAAUUUAAAUAUAGCAGAAAGGAUAACUAAAGGUCAUUGUGGAUUAAACUACAUAGUUAGUUCAAUUAAUUGUAUUACUCGUAUAUUUCUAAAAUAAUAAAUUAUGACUUAAUAUUUAUUUUGCUGAUGAAUAUUUAUUAUUUAUAAGACUAUGUAAAUAUACUGUAAUAUACCUAUCUAAUAUUUAUAAUUAGUUUUCGGCAAUUAUUUAUCAUUAUAAUAAUAAAUUUUUUUUAUGAACUAUUAUAUGUUUUAUUUGUUUAGAAUUUGGACAAGAGAAAUCUGAACAACUUUCCGACCAAUCAGCCGAUAAUGUAUUUAAGAAAAUUGAAGGAUUAGUAAAACAUUAGAGUUAAUUAAAAAAAAAUAAAAGCAAUGCUAUUUUAAAGUGAUGUACAUAAAUUAAACAUUAUACUUAUAUUAUAUUCUAGUUAUUGUAGUUUACUCAGAAAUAUAUAUUAAAUCAAACAAUUUACAUCAACUAGUAUAAACCUCGUUGUGAAUAGUAUUACUUUGGUUU